GCUCAGCGUGCGGCUCUCGGCUGGGCAGACUUUCUCCCUGCCUCUGCGCCAGCCGCAGGACUGCGGCCAUGCCCGUUACUUCGAUAUCUCCAGCCUGGCGUGCGGCCAGUGCGGGCCCCACCAGGGGCGGAGCGCCAGGGAAAUCGGGAUGCUCAUUCUUUGCACGUGAACUAUUUGCGAAGUGGUGGCAAGUCUCCAGUGAUCACCCAUGGAUAGUGGGGUAGUGAUGCUUCUAGAGGAAAGUGGUGAUCUAGGGAAUUUUGUCCUAAGACUUUUUGUUUUUCACAGUAGCAUAGGUAUUUCAUGUGUAUGUCUACCAGGAUUCAAGAUGGUUUCUAAUAAUGGUGGGCCUUCUGUUGUUUGUGAAAAAUGCCCAGAGAAUAUGAGUGGCGUUACUGAAGAUGGAUGGAAUUGUAUUACUUGUCCUAAAGGCUUAACUACAGAAGGAAAAUGUAAAUGCGCCAUUAAUGAAAUUUUAGUGGAAAGAGAUGUUAAUGGCAAGUUGUUGAAUGAAGCAUUGUGUAGACGCUGUGAUGCAAAUGAACCAUCAUUCUCUGCUUCAAAUGUCUUAGGAGAUAGGUGUAUAAGAUGUGAACAAACAUUCAUCAAUAUAAGCAAGUCUUGUGACUGUUCGGAGCCAAAUAUUUUGACAGGAGGGUUAUGCUUUAGUAACAGCAGAAAUUUCCCCUCAAAGCCAGUUGCAACUGUACGUUAUGGACAGCUAGGUAUAACAGUGGUAUCCGCAUGGUUUCUGAAAAACCUACAAGCAUCAGCAGCUGCUUGUUGGCUGUACUCCAAUCUAACAUCAUGCCAAGCACUUGGAAAUAUGUGUGUGAUGAACAUGAACUCGUUAAGCUCUAUCACUAGUGAUGCAUGUGGUCUGUUUCAGUAUGUCUAUGCAAAUACAGCAGGGCUAGGCACCGUUCAUUCAGUGUCCUUCUGGAGACAGAAUCUUCCAUGGCUGUACUAUGGUGACCAGCCAGGAUUAGCAUCUCAAGUACUUGAUACAACCCAGUUCCCUACAAGCUUCAGUUUUAAAGGAACAAACAAGAAUAUAAAACUGCAGCUUAUCGCAGCUUCAUAUGAUGCAGAGGGAAACUUUCUUAAAUGGCAAAAUUUGGAAGGAGGUGUCUUGCAGCUUUGUCCUGACACACUGACUAGACUGAAUGCUGCUUAUACUUUUGGAACAACUUAUCAACAAAGUUGUACAGUUUCUGUUUCCAAGAUGUUAUCGGAUUUUGCUACUCCAAUAUUUUAUGAUGUGUAUCUUGAAUAUCAUGAUGAUGAUAGUGGACAGCAAUAUCUGUGGGCCGUGCCAGUUUUAAACUUAAAUCUUCAAUACAAUGAAAUGUCUGUGAAUCAAGGCAGCAAUAUGAACAAUUGGCUUUUGACUCGUCGGAUGUUUUUGGUGGAUAGUUUAAGUGGACAAGAGAAUGACUUGGGAAGACAACCAAGAAUAAUUCGAAUUGCUAGCAAAAUAACCAUCAGUAUUCGUCUUAUUCCCAAUACUCAGAGAGGAACUAUCUAUCCCCCUCUAAUUACCAUUUCCUACAAGGAUGUUCUUGUCCAAAACCCAGAUGCCCAGAGUGUGAUGGUUUCCUUCUCAGUUAAUUAUGAAAUGAACCAAUCAGAGGCUCAAAUUCAGACAAAUAUUGCAUUGGGUGUGCUUGGUGGACUGGCAGUUUUAUGGUCUCUUCUGAAGACUGCUGGCUGGAAGAGGCGGAUAGGGAGCCCUAUAAUUGACUUGCAGACAGUUUUGAAGUUCUUGCUGUUUUAUGCUGGAGACCUUGCCAAUGUUUUCUUUAUCAUCACAAUGGGAACAGGGCUUUACUGGCUUAUUUUCUUCAAAGCACAGCAGUUUGUCUCAGUUCUUUUACCACUUCCGUCUCAAGAAGAGGAUUUUGUUACAUAUGUAGGAUGUGCUUUUGCUCUAAAGGCUCUGCAAUUUUUGCAUAAGCUGUUUUCGCAACUUACUGUAGAGGUUUUCUUUAUUGACUGGGAGCGACCUAAAGGCAAAGUCCUUAAAGCCGUUGAAGGAGAAGGUGGCAUAAAAAGUGCUGCUGCACCUGUGAGCAUAUGGAGGACAUAUUUUAUAGCAAAUGAAUGGAAUGAAAUUCAGACUGUGAGGAAGAUAAAUCCACUCUUUCAAGUGCUUGCAGUUCUUUUCUUUUUGGAGGUUGUUGGAUUUUCAAACCUGGCAUUAAUGGAUUCUUCUACAAGUCUUACAAGAAGCAGUGAGAGUUACAUAGCUCCCUGGAGUCGCAUUCUGAGAUUUGGUGUGUCUACUGUCCUCUGGCUAGUCAUUGCCAUGUUACAGAUCAUAUUCUUUGCUGUAUUUUAUGAGAGAUUUGUAGAAGAUAAGAUAAGACAAUUUGUUGAUUUGUGCUCUAUGAGCAAUAUUUCAGUAUUUCUCUUGUCACACAGAUGCUUUGGGUAUUAUAUCCAUGGUCGGUCUGUGCAUGGACACGCAGAUACCAAUAUGGAAGAAAUGAAUAUGAACCUAAAGAGAGAAGCGGAAAAUUUGUGUAGUCAAAGAGGCUUAUUACCCAACACAGAUGGCCAGACAUUUCGGAUUUCCAUUUCAAACAAGAUGAGACAGCAGUAUGAUAGGAUUCAUGAAACCCUAACAAGGAAACAUGGUCCUGCUAGACUUUUAGAUUCAUCUGCAACUACUUUUGAACAGAGUACUAAGGCAUACCAUACAAUGAACAAAUUUCUUGGCUCCUUUAUUGACCAUGUUCAUAAGGAUAUGGAUUAUAUUGUAAAGGACAAGUUGCUGCUUGAACGAAUUAUUGGCAUGGAGUUCAUGGAACCAAUGGAAAAAAGUAUCUUUUACAAUGAUGAAGGACAUUCUUUCAGUGAUGUUCUCUUUUAUGGCAAUGAGGCCACACUUCUCAUCUUCGAUAUACUGUUUUUCUCUGUUGUGGAUUUGGCUUCCCAAAGUUUUGUCCUAGCAGCUGUUCUUACAUAUUUGCAACAGGAGAUUUUUAGGUUUAUUCGUAAUACUGCUGGGCAGAAGAAUUUGGCAUCCAAAACCUUGGUGGAUGAAAGAUUUCUUAUUUAGUUGACUCAAAAGUUGAAAUACUUUGUAGAGGAGCUGAUCAUGGAAUGAAGCCGUCCUGAGCUACAGAUUAGUCUGCGGUGCUAUGUAAAUAUUAAUGUAAAUCUUUUGACUUCGAUUUCUUUUUAUUUUGUGUGCUAGAAAGUUUUGUUUUUGUAUAACUUUCAGAUGUUUGUGUUGUGAAUAGUAAACCAAAUGUCUUGAAACAAAUGGUACGUGACACCAAGUCAGUCAGAAAUCAAGCUGAGUACUGUAAUUAACACAAGAUAAAAUCCAUUUAUUGCCUUCAGUGAGGGUAUAUGCCAUUUCUUUUUAAGGAGAUAAUUUCAGUGCUUCUGUUGCUGACUGGGGUCAUAGUUUUCCUCAUAUAUACAUGUUUCCAAAAUAGCUUAAAGAAAUUAUCCCUUAUUUUCAGAAUUUACUAUGAAAUACAAUAUUCAUCAAAUGUAUUUCAGGUUCACCACAAAUGGGGAUCUGCCCUGAAUUCCUAACUACUAUUUAAACAAAUACUUAGAAGACCUUUGAGACUAAGUAGUUGAAUGUUUCUCACUUAUCUAAAACAACUUCAAUGUGAAAGUUUAAACUGUGUGAUUGCUGAUGUGGUUUGAUCCGCUUUAGCCCACCCUUUGGGUUUGUCUAAUGUAUCAUUGGGGCAGUAUUGCUUUUUUUUUUCUUUCUGCACUGAUUGCACAUAACAGCACAUGUGUGUUUGAACGUUUGGUAGUCUCACAACCAUAGAGCUGUGUGGCCCAGUGAAAAGGGCAAAGGAUGGAGAUGCAGGAGGCCUUGAUUGUAUUCCUGAUCUUCUGUGGAAUUAAUGUUACCUUGAGCAGGUCACUUAACUGCUCUGUGCAUAUUUUCAUAGCCGUGAAAUUGGGGCACUGAUACUUAUCUUUUUUGAACUGCUUUGAGAUGCUCUGUGGAUGGAAAGGACUGUGCAAGUGCCUAUUCUUAUAUUAUUGUUUUAAUAUAUUCCCCGAUUAUCUCAUUUUCUGACAUCAUUCCCUCACGAUUUAACAUAGUGACCAUAUCCCACAUAAACUACUUCAGCCAUUGGAAUGUAAUCAGCUGAAUAGUUGUUAAAAUGCUGCUUACUAAAGGUUCAGGGAGAUUUUCAAAGGCUAAAGGGGCAGGUGAGUGCCUAAUCCCCAGUUGUGCCUUUGAAAAGUCUCCCUGCCAGUGUGUUUUAGAAUAACAUUUGUUUUUUAGUAAAUGAUUACUCCACUGCAUGGUAUCACAGUUUCAUAGCCACGCUACUUGUCUUAAGAUAAUUCAGCAGGGAACAUGCAUCUGCAAAAAACAUAAAGAUCCAAGUUCAGAAAAGCAUCUCUAUUUAAGAAUAGCACUUUAGUAGCAUUUAAGACAAUGGGACUUAAGCAGAUGUUUAAUUUUAAAUGUGCUUAUCUGACCCAGGGCCAACAUACCGUAUAGAGGUAUUUUAUUUGAGAUUCUUCUUACCUACAUAAAGAGGAAGAUGGCUAUUAUGGUGCCAUAUCAUGUCUUUAAGCUGUGGUUACCAUAGAUUUAAGUCUCAAAGCCAUUACAGAUCCGGUAUGCUUACUUUUGGUUUGCAAAAACAAAUGCUGCUUGCUAAUUCAGAAUAGUUACCAUUAACUGGUAAAAUGUUCGCAAAAAGAAAAGGAGGACUUGUGGCACCUAAGAGACUAACAAAUUUAUUUGAGCAUAAGCUUUCGUGAGCACACAGCUUAUGCUCAGAUACAUUUGUUAGUCUCUAAGGUGCCACAAGUCCUCCUUUUCUUUUUGCGAAUACAGACUAACACGGCUGCUACUCUGAAACCUGGUAAAAUGUUGUGACUCUCCUGAGGUCACGGCGGAGUUAGAUAGCAUAAUCUGAGGGUCUGACUUUCAGUAGGGCAUCCAUUUAUUGACAUGCAGCUUAUCACAAGUCUGUAUCUCCAUACACACCUUCUGUGCACUAACACCUGUUCACACAGAUAACUGAUACUAAUACUGUAUAUGUACGCACAGUACUUUGUUCGGCAUGUUUUGUCGUAAAGAGUUUUCAGUGCAAAAAUUCCAAUACCUGUGUGAACAAGUGUUAGUUGACAAAACUGUGUGUGCUGGUGUGGACAAAUUGGAGGCCAAAGCCUGGAAAUCAGGUACAGUAACUAGGGCUCACUGUGGCUUGGUUUGUUGUUAUUGUUGUUAUGAUAGUUUUAAAGCAUGGUUCUCCUCUGAAUAGUGGCUGUAUAAAUGACAUUGUAGUGUUCUGCGGUGGUGUGUCUCAAUAAUUUCUUUAUGAAAUGUGCUCCACUGAAAAGUAGAAAAAAAAUCUUUAUAACUUCCAACUCUGCAAACUGAGCCUUUUGCCAUCUUAUGCAUCAUGGCCAGUAAUAAAAAUUCUGCAAUCCAAAUUUAUGCCCUCAUGAGACCUGUGCAGCCCCAUUGCCUUGAAUGCCUUUGCACAUGUAUAACUUAGCAGAUCUUAAUAAACAAUUCUGUUGCUGAGGUACAAGAUGGUCUUGUACAAGAUGGUAGCUCACUGAGUCUUGACCAACGCAAGACCAACCACAGGCUAACAGGCGUGAAAAGCUCUAGGAACUAAUUUUUGUCACUAAAAUGAGCAAAUAGACCUUGAAUGCAUGCAGUGCAGAUCUGUUGUAUAAGAAAGUGCUGUUUUUAUAUAAAAAGAAAAGGAGUACUAGUGGCACCUUAGAGACUAACCAA